AUGGCAUUGCUUGGCCUCCAAUAUCAUCACUUCGCUGCAACCAUGCACCAAGUGCUGGAGAAACAGCAGUCGAGCAAGCUGCAAACUGGUCUGAACUUCGAGUCCCAAAUAGGCACUCCAGCAAAGACACCUUCACAUUCGAAUCUGCCCGACAUGCCUCUCUCCCACUCGCCGAUCCAGCGCAAUGACCCUGCCACCAACGCCUCAUCAGACCAGGCCGCCGAAAAUUUGGAGCUCAUGGAGAACGAUUCCGAAAUUUCGAACCGCUUUGCGCGACUCCACGCCAUUCUUGCUGAGGCGUGGCGCCUUAUGGAUGAAAGCGUGGAGCGAGUGCGAAGCUUCACGAAAGCGGUGGAGAUAGAAGACGCAGAAGAAACGCGGCGUGCGGCGUUGGGCACUCGACCAAUGUCCCCAAGACGUUAA